AAUAUUGUCAAAAUGAUGUCCAAGCCCCGGCGAAAUUGGAAAGCCUUAGAUGAAAAGACAUUCACUCGCGUGCUGCAGCGGGAGCUUCCGCCACAGCAAAGACCAAGAACGAAGACAGCUCUGGAUAGACAUGUGGAGGAAGUGAUGGUAGCCUUAACGGUAGCUGUCGAGGAAGCAGUACCGACGACGAUUCCAUCGUCUAGAUCGAAAUCAGGAUGGAAUGAAGAAUGCGCCAAAGUACUGGCACAAUCAAAACGACUCCGUCGGCAACACAGCUUAUACCAUACCGAAGAGACAUGGGAAGCAUACCGAACGGCGAGAAAUCACAAAGGUAGAACCAUCAAGAAAGCGCUCAGACAGAACCAUCGCGAGAGGAUAGAAGAAGCUUCUCAAUCCCCAACAAACCUCUGGCGGGUAGCAA